AUGUAUAAAGCACUUGGCAAGCAACGACUAGUAUACCGUUCUCUCAUUGCAAGCUACGUCAAAACUGGUCUUGUUGAUCAGGCAAUCCAAGUGUUCGACCAAAUGUCUCACUCAGACUGCAGAAUAUUCUCCGUAGACUACAAUCGGUUCCUGGGCGUCCUGAUAAAGUACCGGCGUCUUGAGCUUUCCGAGUACUACUAUUACUCCAUGAAAGCAAAAGGGUUUUCUCUAAAUUCCUUUACUUACUCGAGAUUCAUCUCGGGGUUGUGUGAAGUUAGAAACUUUGGGCUUGUCCUUAGGCUUUUUGAAGACAUGGAUAGCCUGAGUAUCGUGCCUGAUAUCUUUGCUUUUAAUAUCUAUUUGAAUCUUCUAUGCAGUGAGAAAUUAGUGGAUGAGGCUUUGAAAGUGAUCGGAAUAAUGGGAGAAAAGGGGCGUGGGCCUGAUGUAGUGAGCUACACUAUUAUCAUCAGCGGAUUAUUUAGAGUUAAUCGGCAUGUUGAGGCGGUUGAAAUGUGGAAGCAUAUGAUCAAGAAAGGUCAUAACCCAGAUGACAAUGCUUGCAGGGCACUUGUUCUAGGGUUAUGUGAUUGUGGGAAAGUUGAUUUGGCUUAUGAGCUCACCUUGGGGGACAUGAGGGGAAAGGUAAGUUUUAGUGUCGCAAUUUAUAAUGUUCUCAUACAUGGGUUCUGUCGGCUAGGUAGGGUUGAUAAGGCACUUGCGAUUAAAAAUUUUAUGAGAAAAAAUGGUUGUGAGCCUGAUUUGAUAACACACAAUGUGUUGUUGAACUAUUGUUGCAACGCGCUAAUGUUAGAUGAGGCCGAGAAAUUGUUGUUGAAAAUGGAGAGGAGUGGGAUGCAUCCUGAUACCUACAGCUAUAAUGAGCUUCUAAAGGGUCUCUGCAAAACUAAUAGAGUGGAUAAGGCUUAUAUUUUCUUAGUUAACACAAUGGGGGCUAAAGGGCUUGCUGAUGUCGUAUCUUACAAUACGAUCAUUAGUGCUCUUUGCAAAGCUGGUCGUGCCAGGGAUGCUUAUGAUCUCUUGGGGGAGAUGGGCAGGAAAGGCAUUUUUCCCGAUGUGGUAACAUUCACGAUCCUCAUAGAUGCUUUCCUGAAAGGUGGAAACUCAGUUUUAGCCAAUGACCUUCUUGACCAAAUGACCAAGAUGAGUCUAUUUCCGAGUCUUGAGUUGUACACAACCAUUAUUGAUCAUUUAUGCAAGACAGGUCAAAUUGGUGUGGCUCAUAGUAUUUUUCGUGAUGUUAUGGAGCAGAAUAUUGGCCCGGACGUGGUGUGCUAUAAUGCACUGAUAAGUGGAUACUGCAACUCUUUUCAAGUUAGUGAAGCCCUGAAUCUUUUUGAGGAAAUGCGAACUAGAAGAGUUGAUCCAGAUGAAGUGACUUUCAAAUUGAUCAUUAAAGGACUCAUAAAGGAAAAUAAGCUUUCUUUGGCUUGCGGAGUCUGGGAUCAAAUGAUGGACACGGGAUUUACACUCGAUAGUUAUUUGUCUGAGACAUUAAUUAAUGCCAUCAACACUAAAGGGGUCUCAUGA